UUAUUUAUGCACCACGUUCAAUACUAAAAAUGUGAAUUCGUAUUUACUUUUAUUUAUUUUUCCUUUUUAGACCUGUCCGUUUAGUGCAGUUAGUGGACUCGUCCUCCUUUUUAAACCCAUUUUAUUCUAUGAAUGAGAAUAUCAACAAGAACAAGACUGUCUUACCAUUAUUCAAUUUAAGUUAAAAAUAAAAUGUGUGAGCAGAUGGUAACGUAUUUCAAGGAUCAGUUACCAAAGAAAGACGCCGCUGAGGUGAGAUGGUCACACGGAGUGAACAGCAGGGGCAAACUGAACGUGGCUAUUCAAGGGCCUACACAUAUGAUUGAGGCUGACAUCAUCGUAAGAGGUCAUGACCCCAAGGAGCCAAUCAUGGGCCACCCACCUGACACUGACAGUGACAUCACACUGAAAGAGUGGCUUGAAGUUGUGAAGAUGCAUGACAAGGGAAUCAAACUAGAUUUCAAGAGCCUGGAGGCUUUGUCUCUUUCUGUGGCCUUAUUGCAAGAAGCGCUGGCUCAGAUGACCAUUCCGGUGUGGAUCAACGCUGAUGUCCUUACAGGACCUGGAAAUCGGGGAGCACCACUGGACCCACAAGCUUUCCUGGCUGCUGUCAGGACUCUUCCCACUAAUGUUGUUCUUUCCCUCGGUUGGACAACGCAGUGGACUGCAGGGACUGAUAACCCAGGUUACAGUUGGGAAAUGGUGCACGAGAUGGAGGACAUAUGUCGAGGGCUGGAACAUCUUAUCACCUUCCCAGUACGGGCGGCCCUUUUGGCCCAGUCUGUCUCUGAGCUCACAUGGCUGCUGCAACAGUCAGACAGGUAUUCUCUAACAGUGUGGACCGGCAAGAAUGACAAAUUCCAAGUACAGGACCUGCUGCCUUACAGAACAUGUAUUGAUAUCACCAGGAUCUGCUAUGACUUACCAGAAGCGCAAAGGUCAAUGCUGACAAAAGAUCUUAAAAAAUGAGACAUCAACAAUCUUUAUUCAGUCAAAAAUGGGCGCCUAAAAAUAAAUCGUGAAAUCAUUGUGUACUAAUCGUUAUCAUCAGUGUUGUCACAGAUUACUUAAGAAGGAUUUUAAUUACUGAUUACUGAUUAUGCCUCAAAAAGUAAUCUAGUUACUGAAUAUUAUCAAAGUAUUUAAGUUAAUUUAAAAACAAUUUAUUUAUUUAACCAUUUUUCCUUGCUGCAUAAACAUAAGAAUGACAACAGAAAAAUAUCAUCGCAUGUAAUUGACUUUCCGAUAAUUGAAUUUAAAGCGGAAGAUAAGAAUUUUUCACAUAAGGCUUAAUCUUCGAGUUAGCGGGGUUCAAUUAGUGGAUGGAGUUUAUUUCAACCACCAGUCACUCGAGCUAGCUUAGCAAUUCCGGAGCCCUGAAAUUAAAUAAAUACCUGACAAACCGCAUAGAAUUUGUUGAAAUCAAUUCACCCGACUAAUUAAACCCCAGCUAACUCGAAGAUUAAGCCUUAUCUCCAUUGCUGAUUUCAAUUAUUAGCAGUAGUAGUAGUAUUUGUUUUAUUUUUUAUUUAUUUUUUUAUUCUAUUCGUGAUUAAAUGCGAUUUUUAUGUAUAAUUUUAUUUCCUAUUUCGAUUGUCUUUGUUUUUACGUUCUAUUGAUUUUAAUGUGAUUUUUUUCUAUUAUCUUCAUGUGAUGUAAAGCACUGUGAAUUGCCUUGUGUUGAAUUGUGCUAUAUAAAUAAAUUUGCCUUGU